GGCCGAACUGUAAACGGCCCAGAGUGGUACCUCAGAGAGCGGCGCGCAGGACUCACUGCAGCCAAGUCCCGCUGAUGCGCGAUGCCUCGUUUUACUGUACACAUUCGAGAUGAGUGGCUGGCAGUGCCCUGCCGGGACACUUCCAAAACCAUCCAGUGGCUCGGACAGGAAGCGCUUAAACGUUACAUAAAGAACAAACCGGACAACGGCGGCAUCACGGCUGUGAAAGACACUCGUUUUGUUGUGCGCAGGUGCCAGGGUUUGGGUCUGCUGGACGCGGAUGACACCAUCGAAGAUGUACUGGAGGAUAACGACUUUGUCGAGCUUGCUAUUGAAGGAGAUACCAUGUCUCCUGACUUUAUUCCGUGUGAACCGGGAGUUUCUCAUCUCACGGCAGCAUACAAAGAGCCUGAAGAGUAUAUUUCUUUGGAUGGCAACAGCCUGACGUCAACAGAUCUCAUCAACUUAGGCAGAGGACUCUACAAGAUAAAGCUGACUCCUGAGGCAGAAAGAAAGGUUGUGCAAUCCAGAGAGCUUUUGGACACCAUUGUCAAAGAAAACAAAGUUGUCUAUGGGAUCACAACGGGUUUUGGCAAAUUUGCCCGAACUGUCAUUCCUGUCAGCAAACUCAAGGAGCUCCAGGAAAACUUGGUGCGCUCACACUCAGCAGGUGUGGGGAACCCGUUAAGCCCAGAGAGGACCCGCAUGUUGCUCGCUUUGAGGAUCAAUGUUUUGGCCAAAGGGCACAGUGGUGUUUCUCUUGAAACCCUCCAGGCCAUGAUCCAGGCCUUUAACGCCUCCUGCCUCUCCUUUGUCCCUGAAAAGGGAACAGUAGGUGCUAGUGGUGACCUGGCACCCCUCUCUCACCUGGCCCUCGGACUCAUGGGAGAGGGAAAAAUGUGGUCUCCCACGAGCGGGUGGGCUGAUGCCAAAUACGUCCUGGAGGCACAUGGACUAAAGCCAAUAUCACUAAAACCUAAAGAGGGUCUGGCUCUGAUCAAUGGGACACAGAUGAUUACCUCUCUAGGGGCAGAGGCCGUGGAGCGAGCCCAGGCGAUUGCCCAGCAGGCAGAUAUUAUUGCUGCUCUCACCCUGGAGGUGCUAAAGGGAACCACCAAGGCCUUUGACAGUGACAUCCAUGCACUGCGGCCACAUCCGGGGCAAAUAGAGGUGGCUCAACGCUUCCGCUCACUGUUGGACUCUGAUCACCACCCAUCCCAGAUUGCAGAGAGCCACAGGUUCUGUGACAGAGUCCAGGAUGCUUACACCAUGCGGUGCUGUCCUCAGGUUCAUGGAAUUGCCAAUGACACAAUUGCAUUUGUCCAGAAUAUCAUCAACACAGAAAUCAACAGUGCCACUGACAACCCUAUGGUAUUUGCAGAAAGAGGUGAGACCAUUUCAGGUGGGAAUUUCCAUGGGGAAUACCCAGCUAAGGCUCUGGAUUUUUUAGCCAUUGCAGUCCACGAGCUGGCUUCAAUCAGCGAAAGGAGGAUCGAGAGGUUGUGUAACCCCUCUCUGAGUGAGCUGCCUGCCUUCCUCGUCAACGAGGGUGGACUCAACUCAGGCUUCAUGAUUGCCCACUGCACUGCAGCCGCCUUAGUUUCAGAAAACAAAGUUUUGUGUCACCCAUCGUCUGUGGACUCUUUGUCUACUAGUGCUGCCACAGAGGACCACGUGUCUAUGGGAGGAUGGGCUGCUAGGAAGGCCCUGAGGGUAAUAGAGCAUGUGGAGCAAGUCCUUGCUAUAGAGCUGCUGGCCGCAUGUCAGGGCAUCGAGUUCCUCCGCCCACUCCGUACCACCACUCCACUGGAGAAGGUCUAUGAACUUGUUCGCAGCGUGGUCAAACCGUGGAUUAAAGACAGAUUCAUGUCGCCUGAUAUCGAAGCGGUUCAUCGCCUGCUACUUGAUCAAAAGGUGUGGAAUGUGGCCAAACCUUACAUUGAGAAGUACCAGACAGAGUACAUCCCCGAGUCCCGCCCCGUCUCUCCCACUGCCUUUUCCCUGGACUCUCCGGCCUCCCCCAGGAAGCGUGUUCGCCACGAAUGAAAGCACACGCCAAACAAGUUUUUUUUUUUUUUGGGCAAUUACUUCAGUCACAAAAAAAACAAAGAUCCUACACAGUGAUCUUGGUCAACACCACAGUUAGUCAAAAGUGUGUGGCCAUUAUCUGAGACCAACUGGAGCAGAAUGGGAGAAACGGAUCCUUACGCGUCACUGUGACACUUCACUGAUAAGAGCGGUGUGCAGGCUCUUUCUUUCUUGCAUCUGAGUUUGUUGGAUUUGUGAAUUUUCUAUUCCCAUUAAAGAAUUGUUAGAAAGUCACCCAAACCUCAGGAGAUGUGAUUUCAGGAUGCUGUAUUCUUAUGUCCCUUGAAGACUAAAUGUACACACUGACUUCUCUCACGAGCUUAUGAACUGGCUAUUCUACAUACAGAAUAUUAUUCAAGCAACUACUGACCCUGUGCACGAGAAAAUGCUAACUUCCUGGUUUGAGACCGGAUGUGGGGUUGUACAUUUCCGGUAGCUUUACUUUGCGGUCAAUCGCUACUGCGAAGAUAUACAAAAUCAUGUCCAAAACUCGAAAACGGAAAGAUCGCGUUAAGUUACAAAGAGCAGAAGGUGGGAACACUCACCACUGUUGUGUCAUAAAAAAUCUAAUGAUCAAUUUUGACGUUUAAAGAGUUUAGAUCGAUCAGUUGUUUACAUCACUCAACGCAAGCAGAACUGCAUCACUGCAGCAGAAGACACCUCGUCCACAUUCAGAAGCACAUCUCUGUAUAGUGACUGGUCUUAUGAUUUAAACAGGCAAAUGUUCAGCAUUCAAACUACAGGUGAAGAAUAGUCAAACCAGAUGUUUCCCCCGUUAUGUCGAUAUCAGGUAGUGAAGUACACACCUACACAGCAUGUUAACAAACCGUGAAAAAAAUGAAUGAUUGCUGGUAAAGGUUUCUACACAUUAGCAUUUACGAAGGGUAUGUUGUGAUUUACCUUUAAAAUUACAGCGGUCCCUCACUAUAACACGGUUCACCUUCCACCUCACUGUUUCGCAGAUUUUUUAGUGCAAGUUUGCAUGCUUUUUUACGUCACAUUGUGUCCUGCGUCCUGAUCGCUGCAGACGAUCUCUUCCGUGACGUCUCUCCUGUACAGUACAGAAUCGCUGCAUCGAUCGCUAGCAGUGUGACUCUGAAGUGCAGUACUGUAUGUCCACGAAAUGUUUUGCACCGUCAAAAAAUAAAAUUGGCUACUUGAUUUCACCUAUCGCUGGUUAUUUUUAGAACAUAACACCCGCGAUAAACGAGGGACAGCUGAGAAAUAUAACAUUUGAAUCCCUUUUCUCUUUUGCUCUGAGGCACAGGGAAAAAAUAUCGACAAGUCGAUGAACAUCAUUUACAGAUAUAUUGGGUAAAUGCCCAAUACAUCUAUAGAAAUGUAAAUCGCCGCUUGAUUCAUUCAUUUGCUUAACUUGUUUUGGACCGUAAACAGGGCGUGAAUAGGACACCGGAAACAAAGCUCCCCACAGGAGUUUCCGCACCGGAAGUAGCAUAUGCUAACGUGCACAUAGUCAAUUGGGUUUAACUUGUGUAUACUGCACCUUACCCUGAUGUACAUUCCACUUGUUUAUAUCUAAACUUUUUUGUCCCUUUUUAAACGUGCCUAAUUGACUCUUUAUUGUCACAUGAUUUCUUCUUGUACAAUUUUCAAGUCAUAAUUAUCUUAGCACAACCUGUGAUUUUGCUGAUGUAUUUUAAAUCCUAUUUAAUUGUCAUUAAUAUAUUUCCAGCUUAACAUAAUUAAAGUUUUUAAGCGUU